AGGUGACUGAAUGAAGCAAAGCCUGAAAGCCACUCAGAGGCACAGAGGACAGACCGCACCCCUGCCCUGUCCUCCGACCUCAGACCACAGGAGGGAGAGUCCUGGGGAUCCUCCCGUGAACUGGGCAUGUGUUCCGCUCGCCAUGGAGCUCACGCCUUUCUCUAUAAUGUGUUGUCAUCAGCAUGUUGUUUCUGAAAGACAAGGAGCCCUUCUGUAGUCCCGGUCACAAAACACUGGGGCUCCUCAGCCUAUGGGACACCCUGCUGAGAGCAGCAGUGCGGGCGUUGUGUGCCUCCACGCCGCCAGGCUCUCUCUAUAGAGUUUGACGUCUGUAACGUAUGUUCUCACCGUCGGCAGUGGUGCCAGAACACUGUCCAUUCCAGGACGGGCUGAGUGAUGCCCGGUGCGCGGCAGGUCUGCCCGUGCUGUGCAGACGGCGGUCCUUUCUCUCCUUUUGUGUGUGCGUGAAGGAGUCUAACAUCAUUCUUCAGGAUUAGGGCUGGGUUUCUGCUCGUGUCUGUGAGGUAACUCCCGGUUUUUCCCCACUGGAAGAGCAUCUCUUCAGCAUUCCCCCUUCCCAGGAAUCUCACUUAGACACUGCCAGCUGGUGGCAGGGGACACAGCCACCACACAGCUCCCGGGCCCACUGUCUGCACUACAGUCAGUGCUUCAGGAUGGCUGCCCUCCCAGGGAGAGGGUCGGGGACGACGGGACGGUGUCGGAUGAAGUCUGGACCCCGGCGCUGCGCUGGUUUCUAACAGCUUCGGCAUCUCCAGCAUCUCUGCCUCGUCGCGGAUGUCUUCCUGCUUCUGGCGCUGGGCUGCUCUCCAGUGAGCACGAUGCUGCUGUACGCCUGACUGGAGGCGCCCGGCGCGAUCACCUCUCACAAGGAAGCCCCGCGAGCCUGACGGGAUCCUUUUCAAUGCAUUAUGGCUCAUGCGGCCUCCCAGCUAAAGAAAAACAGGGAUUUAGAAAUCAAUGCCGAGGAAGAGACUGAGAAAAAGAGGAAACACCGCAAACGGUCCCGGGAUCGGAAGAAAAAGUCUGAUGCCAAUGCCAGCUAUUUACGAGCCGCUCGGGCUGGCCACCUGGAGAAGGCCCUUGACUACAUCAAGAAUGGAGUGGACAUUAAUAUCUGUAACCAGAAUGGGUUGAACGCACUCCAUCUUGCAUCCAAAGAAGGUCAUGUGGAAGUGGUCUCCGAGCUGCUGCACAGAGAGGCCAGCGUGGACGCAGCCACAAAGAAAGGAAACACAGCGUUACACAUCGCAUCCUUGGCUGGCCAAGCGGAGGUGGUCAAGGUGUUGGUUACAAAUGGAGCCAACGUCAAUGCACAGUCCCAGAAUGGUUUCACGCCAUUGUAUAUGGCAGCCCAAGAAAACCACCUGGAAGUCGUCAAGUUUCUCCUUGACAAUGGUGCCAGCCAGAGCCUUGCCACAGAGGAUGGCUUCACACCGUUGGCAGUAGCCUUGCAACAAGGUCAUGACCAAGUCGUCUCACUCCUGCUAGAAAAUGACACGAAGGGAAAAGUCCGUCUUCCAGCUCUUCACAUCGCUGCCCGGAAAGAUGACACGAAAGCCGCCGCUCUGCUCCUGCAGAAUGACAACAACGCGGACAUCGAGUCCAAGAGUGGCUUCACCCCGCUCCACAUAGCCGCUCACUACGGGAACAUCAACGUCGCCACAUUGCUGCUAAACCGAGCAGCUGCAGUGGACUUUACCGCACGGAAUGACAUCACGCCUUUACAUGUGGCCUCCAAAAGAGGAAACGCAAACAUGGUGAAGCUGUUGCUUGACCGAGGAGCGAAAAUCGAUGCCAAAACCAGGGAUGGCCUGACGCCGCUGCACUGUGGGGCCAGGAGUGGCCAUGAGCAGGUGGUGGAAAUGCUGCUUGACCGAUCUGCCCCCAUCCUUUCAAAAACCAAGAACGGCUUGUCUCCUCUACACAUGGCCACACAAGGGGAUCAUUUAAACUGCGUCCAGCUUCUCCUCCAGCACAACGUGCCCGUGGAUGACGUUACUAAUGACUACCUGACAGCCCUCCACGUGGCUGCCCACUGCGGCCAUUACAAAGUCGCCAAGGUUCUCUUAGAUAAGAAGGCUAACCCCAAUGCCAAAGCCCUGAAUGGCUUCACCCCUCUCCAUAUUGCCUGCAAGAAGAACCGAAUUAAAGUAAUGGAGCUCCUUCUGAAACACGGCGCAUCCAUACAAGCUGUAACCGAGUCGGGCCUUACUCCAAUCCAUGUCGCUGCCUUCAUGGGGCAUGUAAGCAUUGUGUCACAACUCAUGCAUCACGGAGCCUCACCGAACACCACCAAUGUGAGAGGAGAAACGGCCUUGCACAUGGCAGCCCGGUCAGGCCAGGCGGAAGUGGUGCGGUGUCUGGUACAAGAUGGAGCUCAGGUAGAAGCAAAAGCUAAGGAUGACCAAACCCCACUCCACAUUUCAGCCCGGCUGGGGAAGGCGGACAUAGUACAACAGCUCUUGCAGCAAGGAGCAUCCCCUAACGCAGCCACGACUUCUGGGUACACCCCGCUCCACCUCUCUGCACGAGAGGGCCAUGAGGACGUUGCCGCAUUCCUUUUGGAUCAUGGAGCAUCCUUAUCAAUAACGACCAAGAAAGGGUUCACGCCUCUUCAUGUGGCAGCGAAAUACGGGAAGCUUGAAGUAGCCAGCCUCCUGCUGCAGAAGAAUGCACCCCCAGACGCUGCCGGGAAGAGCGGGCUAACUCCACUGCAUGUAGCGGCUCAUUACGAUAACCAGAAAGUGGCCCUUCUGCUUUUGGACCAAGGAGCCUCACCUCACGCGGCUGCAAAGAACGGUUACACCCCACUGCACAUCGCUGCCAAAAAGAACCAGAUGGACAUAGCGACGACUCUGCUGGAAUAUGGUGCUGAUGCCAAUGCGGUUACCCGGCAAGGCAUUGCUUCUGUCCAUCUCGCGGCUCAGGAAGGGCACGUGGACAUGGUGUCGCUGCUCCUUAGCAGAAAUGCGAAUGUGAACUUGAGCAAUAAGAGCGGCCUCACGCCACUCCAUCUGGCUGCUCAGGAAGACAGAGUGAAUGUGGCCGAAGUCCUCGUAAACCAAGGGGCUCAUGUGGACGUGCAGACGAAGAUGGGUUACACGCCACUACAUGUGGGCUGUCACUAUGGAAACAUCAAGAUAGUUAAUUUCCUGCUUCAGCAUUCUGCGAAAGUCAACGCCAAAACAAAGAAUGGGUACACGCCAUUACACCAGGCGGCGCAACAGGGCCACACGCACAUCAUAAACGUCUUGCUUCAGAACAAUGCCUCCCCCAACGAACUCACUGUGAAUGGCAAUACAGCCCUCGCCAUCGCACGGCGCCUUGGUUACAUCUCAGUGGUUGACACGCUGAAGAUCGUGACGGAAGAGACCAUGACCACCACUACCAUCAUAGAGAAGCACAAAAUGAAUGUUCCGGAAACGAUGAAUGAAGUUCUCGAUAUGUCUGACGAUGAAGUUCGUAAAGCCAACGUCCCUGAAAUGCUCAGUGAUGGCGAGUAUAUCUCAGAUGGUGAAGAAGGUAAUAAGUGCCCACGCUACAAGGUUCCCGAGUUGAUGGUGAAAUGUGAGGAUGCAAUGACGGGGGACACCGACAAGUACCUUGGUCCGCAGGACCUUAAGGAGCUGGGAGAUGACUCCCUACCUGCUGAGGGCUACGUGGGCUUUAGUCUUGGGGCCCGGUCUGCCAGCCUCCGCUCCUUCAGUUCGGAUAGGUCGUACACGCUCAACAGAAGCUCCUACGCGCGGGACAGCAUGAUGAUCGAAGAACUUCUCGUGCCCUCCAAAGACCAGCAUCUGACAUUCACAAGGGAAUUUGACUCAGAUUCUCUAAGGCAUUACAGCUGGGCAGCAGACACCCUGGACAAUGUGAACCUCGUUUCGAGCCCCGUUCAUUCUGGCUACUCUUCUCCACUUCCUCAGUAUGACUCAAGGUUUCUGGUUAGCUUCAUGGUGGACGCAAGAGGGGGCUCCAUGAGAGGUAGCCGUCACCACGGGAUGCGAAUCAUCAUUCCCCCACGCAAAUGUACAGCCCCCACCCGCAUCACCUGCCGCCUGGUAAAGAGACAUAAGCUGGCCAACCCACCCCCCAUGGUGGAAGGAGAGGGAUUAGCCAGUAGGCUGGUAGAAAUGGGUCCUGCGGGGGCACAAUUUUUAGGCCCUGUGAUAGUGGAAAUCCCUCACUUUGGGUCCAUGAGAGGAAAAGAGAGAGAACUCAUUGUUCUUCGAAGUGAAAAUGGUGAGACAUGGAAGGAGCAUCAAUUUGACACCAAGAUGGAAGAUUUAACCGAAUUACUUAACGGCAUGGAUGAAGAACUUGACAGCCCGGAAGAGUUGGGGACAAAACGCAUCUGCAGGAUUAUUACUAAGGACUUCCCCCAGUAUUUCGCAGUGGUUUCCCGGAUUAAGCAGGAAAGCAACCAGAUUGGACCUGAGGGUGGAAUUCUCAGCAGCACCACUGUGCCCCUCGUGCAGGCAUCGUUCCCAGAGGGGGCUCUCACCAAAAGAAUCCGAGUGGGUCUACAGGCUCAGCCUGUUCCGGAUGAAAUUGUGAAAAAGGUUCUUGGAAACAAAGCAACAUUUAGCCCGAUUGUCACUGUAGAACCCCGACGAAGGAAAUUCCACAAGCCCAUCACCAUGACCAUCCCCCUGCCUCCACCCUCGGGAGAAGGUGUACCCAACGGGUACCAGGGGGACACCACGCCCAACCUGCGCCUCCUGUGCAGCAUCACAGGGGGCACCUCGCCCGCUCAAUGGGAAGACAUCACAGGAACGACGCCUCUGACGUUCAUAAAGGAUUGCGUCUCUUUCACAACCAAUGUCUCAGCCAGAUUCUGGCUUGCAGACUGCCAUCAGGUUUUGGAGACUGUGGGGUUAGCCUCACAGCUGUACAGAGAAUUAAUAUGUGUUCCAUAUAUGGCCAAGUUCGUGGUCUUUGCCAAGGUGAACGAUCCUGUCGAGUCCUCCCUGCGAUGCUUCUGCAUGACGGACGACAAGGUGGACAAGACGUUAGAGCAGCAGGAGAACUUCGAGGAAGUGGCCAGAAGCAAAGACAUUGAGGUUCUGGAAGGAAAACCUAUUUAUGUUGAUUGUUACGGAAAUCUGGCUCCACUUACCAAAGGAGGACAGCAGCUUGUUUUUAACUUUUAUGCUUUCAAAGAAAAUAGACUGCCAUUUUCCAUCAAGAUCAGAGACACCAGCCAGGAGCCCUGUGGCCGCCUGUCUUUUCUGAAAGAACCAAAGACAACCAAAGGGCUGCCUCAGACAGCCGUCUGCAACUUGAACAUCACGCUGCCGGCACACAAAAAGGAGACAGAGUCAGACCAAGAUGAUGAGGCUGAGAAAGCUGACAGACGGCAGAGUUUUGCCUCCUUAGCUUUACGUAAGCGUUACAGCUACCUGACUGAGCCUGGAAUGAAAACAGUUGAACGGAGUGCGGGAGCAACGAGAUCCCUCCCUACCACUUACUCAUACAAGCCAUUCUUUUCUACAAGACCAUACCAGUCCUGGACAACAGCUCCAAGUACAAUGCCCGGGCCGGCCAAGUCAGGCUUCACUUCCUUAUCCAGUUCUUCCUCGAACACGCCAUCAGCUUCUCCGUUAAAAUCCAUAUGGUCUGUCUCGACUCCUUCUCCAAUCAAAAGCACAUUAGGCGCCUCAACUACAUCUUCAGUUAAAUCCAUUAGUGACGUGGCAUCUCCAAUUAGAUCUUUUCGGACAAUUGCUUCACCAAUAAAAACAGUGGUGUCACAGUCUCCAUACAAUAUCCAAGUUGCCUCUGGUACCCUGGGUAGAGCUCCCACAGUCACGGAGACUAUGCCCUUAAAAGGGUUGACACCCAACUCUACGUUUUCCCCUCGAACUUCUCCCGUAACAACUGCUGGGUCCCUUCUGGAGAGGUCAUCCAUUACUAUGACUCCCCCUGCCUCCCCCAAAUCAAACAUUAACAUGUAUUCCUCAAGUUUGCCAUUUAAAUCAAUUAUUACAUCAGCAGCACCACUCAUCUCUUCACCUUUAAAGUCCGUGGUGUCUCCAGCCAAGUCAGCAGGUGAUGUCAUUUCGUCAGCUAAGGUUACGACGAUGGCAUCUUCUCUCUCUUCUCCCCUGAAACAGAUGUCUGGGCAUGCAGAGGUAGCACUGGUCAAUGGGUCCAUCUCUCCUCUGAAGUAUCCAUCGUCAUCAACUGUAAUUAAUGGGUGCAAGGCCACUGCCACAUUGCAGGACAGAAUGUCUGCAGCCACAAGCUCGGUAGAGAGCGCAGCAACGGACACAUUGGAGAAAGUGUUUUCUGCCACUACAGCCAUGCCGUUCUCCCCGCUCAGGCCCUGCGUCCCGGCAUCCCCAUCCGCUUUCCCGUCUCUGAGGACUCCCUCCGCAAGGGCGCUCUACACUUCCCUCGGGUCAUCGUCCAUCGCUGCAACUACCUCACCUGUGACUUCGUCAAUAAUAACAGUGCCAGUGUACUCCGUAGUCAAUGUUUUGCCAGAACCAGCAUUAAAGAAACUUCCAGACUCUAAUUCACUUACAAAGUCAGCAGCCACCACACUGUCCCCCAUCAAAACAUUGACCACGGAGACACGUCCUCAGCCCCAUUUUAAUCAAACUUCAUCUCCCAUUAAAUCAUCGUUACUCCUUGCACCCUCUGCCCUGAAGCUGUCUGCACCAUCGUCUUUAUCUUCCAGUCAGGAGAUCUUAAAAGACGUGGCUGAGAUGAAGGAGGACCUCAUGCGCAUGACCGCCAUCCUGCAGACGGAUGUGCCUGAGGAGAAGCCAUUCCAACCCGAGCUCCCCAGAGAAGGGAGGAUGGAAGACGAAGAGCCGUUCAAAAUUGUCGAGAAAGUAAAGGAAGACCUCGUGAAAGUGAGUGAGAUCCUCAAAAAGGAUGUGUGUGUAGAGAACAAAGGCCCACCCAAGUCCCCAAAGAGCGAUAAGGGACAGUCUCCCGAGGACGACUGGGCAGAAUUCACUUCAGAAGAAAUAAGAGAAGCCAGACAGGCAGCUACCAGCCACGCCCCAUCUCUGCCCGAGCGAGUGCAUGGGAGGGCCAAAGCUCCCUCCGACAAGGACUACAGCCUGACCAAAGUGAUCGAUUACCUGACCAGUGACAUCGGGAGCAGUUCGCUGGCCAACCUAAAGUAUAAGUUCGAGGAUGCCAAGAAGGAUGGCGAGGAGAGACAGAAGAGGAUCUUGAAGCCAGCCAUGGCACUGCAGGAGCACAAACUCAAAAUGCCGCCGGUCUCCAUGAGGCCUUCCACCUCAGAGAAGGAACUGUGUAAGAUGGCAGACUCCUUCUUCGGAGCAGAUACUAUCUUAGAAUCGCCGGAUGACUUUUCCCAACACGACCAGGAUAAAAGUCCCUUGUCGGACAGUGGCUUUGAGACGAGAAGUGAAAAAACCCCUUCGGCCCCACAAAGUGCUGAAAGCACCGGCCCUAAGCCACUUUUUCACGAAGUCCCCAUCCCCCCCGUCAUCACGGAGACGAGAACUGAAGUGGUCCAUGUGAUCAGGAGCUAUGAGCCCUCUGCCGGGGACGCCUCCCAGCCCCAAGCCGAGGAGCCUGCGUCUCCCAAACCUUCACCUACGUUUAUGGAGCUGGAAGCAAAGCCCACCACAUCAAGCAUUAAGGAAAAGGUGCAAGCAUUCCGAAUGAAGGCCAGCAGUGAGGAAGAGGACCACAGCCGGGUCCUGGGCAAGGGUGUGCGCGUUAAAGAAGAGACGCACAUCACCACAACCACCAGAACGGUUUACCACUCUCCACCAGGCAGCGAGGGGGCCUCCGAAAGAAUCGAAGAGACCAUGUCAGUCCACGACAUCAUGAAGGCCUUUCAGUCCGGACGGGACCCCUCCAAAGAACUGGCUGGUCUCUUUGAACACAAGUCGGCCACCGCGUCCCCCGAUGUAACCCCAGCCCAGCACGCAGAGAAGGACACCCAAAUGAAACCCAAACUGGAGCGCAUAAUAGAAGUCCACAUCGAAAAAGGUAACCGCGCUGAGCCCACUGAAGUCAUUAUUAGAGAGACCAAAAAACAUCCCGACCAGGAAACGUAUGUGUAUCAGAAAGACUUAUCCCGGGGAGAUAUUAACCUAAAAGAUUUUCUGCCAGAAAAACACGAUGCUUUCCCAUGUCCCGAGGAGCAGGGUCAGCAAGAAGAAGAGCUGACUGCCGAAGAGUCCUUACCUUCCUACCUAGAAUCUUCCAGAGUGAACACCCCCGUGUCCCAAGAAGAGGACAGCCGCCCCAGCUCCGCUCAGCUCCUGUCCGAUGACUCUUACAAAGCUCUGAAGCUCUUGAGCCAGCACUCAGUAGAGUACCAUGAUGAUGAGCUGUCAGAACUGAGAGGGGAGUCUUACAGGUUUGCUGAGAAAAUGCUUCUGUCAGAAAAGCUAGAUGUGUCUCAUUCUGAUACCGAGGAAUUGGUAACAGACCUUUCAGGACCCCCUAGCUCAGAGUUACAGGGGUCUGAUAAGCGGGCCAGAGAAAAAGUAGCCACUGUCCCUAAAAAAGAAAUUCUCUCCAAAAUGUAUAAAGAUGUGUCUGAAAAUGGUAUAGGGAGAGUAUCUAAAGAUGAGCAUUUUGAUAAAGUGGCCAUGUUACACUACUCUGGCGAAGUUAGUGGUCCCAAACAUGCCAUGUGGAUGCGCUUGACUGAGGACAGACUAGACAGAGGUAGAGAGAAGUUGAUAUACGAAGAUAGGGUGGACAGGACUGUGAAGGAGGCUGAAGAGAAACUGACUGAAGUGUCACAGUUCUUUCGUGACAAAACCGAGAAGCUCAAAGAUGAACUGCAGUCCCCAGAGAAAAAGCCACGCCCCCAAAACGGAAAAGAGUACUCCUCCCAGAACUCCGCGGGUGGCAGCCCUGAGAAGAUGUUGACAGAACUGCUGGUUUCCAAUGACGAGUGGGUGAAGGCCAGGCCGCGGGGCCCCGACGGGCAAGGCUUCGCCCAGGCCGAGGAGAGGAGACCAUCCAGUCGGCCCGGCAGCCCAGAGCACAGAGUUCCAUCCCAGCGCGCUGAGCAUGGCCCGCCCACUGCCGAGACCAAAGCAGCCCAGUCUGGAUUUCAGCUCAAGCAAUCUAAACUCAGUGCCAUUAGGUUAAAGUUUGAACAAGGUACCCACGUGAAGAGUAAAGAAGACCUGGCUCAAGAAGAAAAAAAGCCUGAUGGCCUAUCCAGAAUCCCGGUGAAAAAGGACCAGGAGAGCAGGCUACCUGUGUACCAAGUGUUUGCUAGAGAGAAACAGCAGAAGGCCACAGACCUCUCCGAGGAAGGCGUGUCUGUGCAAAACGAUGUUUUGGUAUUGAAAGCUAAAGAGGAGCUUACCCACAGCAGUGAGGUUGUGAGUGAAUCCGACCCUGAGGAUUUGAGCAGACAGAGAACUGGUGUGCCAAGUCAGGCGACGCCCGGCACGUUGCCCGAGCGUCAUGCCAAAGACAUGGCAUGUCGUGUCACGUCAGAUUUAGCAGCCAAGGGGCCAUGGGACAAUAAGGUCUUUAGAACGUGGGAGAGCUCUGGGGCCACUAACAAUAAGUCUCAGAGAGAGAAACUCUCACAUAUGCUUGUUGAUGAUGUCAGAGAGAAACUCAGUGGUCGCCCCGAGGGUAAAAUGGUGGAUCAGAGGAGUGAAUUCCUGCCUGUGACUGAGAGGGAACACAAGGUGUUAACGAACGGCUCUCUCUCAGAAAUUAAGGAAAUGACUGUAAAAUCUCCCUCCAAGAAAGCGUUAUACAGGGAGCACCUUGUCAAAGAAGGGGAGCCUCCGGGAGGCGCUCUCGACCAGCCUCCCAGGAGAAGCGAGAGCUCUCCAGGGUCUCACAUCCCCGUCAGAGUCGCUGACGGUAGGAGGGUGCUGCCGCCUCACAUUCCCGAGGGGUUUGGCGAGCAGUCGACUUUUCCAAAACAUGAACUCUCACAAAAAGGGUCCCAACCCAGUCUGAGUAAAGAGACAGUUGAUACCCAGCACUUUAACUCUGUAGACGAUGAAAAAGUUACCUAUUCUGAAAUCAGCAAAGUUUCCAGACAUCAGAGUUAUGUAGGCUUAUGCCCGCCUCUCGAUGACACCGAGACCUCCCCCACGAAAUCUCCUGAUUCUUUAGAGUUUAGCCCAGGAAAGGACUCUCCCUCUAGUGAGGUGUUCGAGCACAGUCCCACGGACGGGCUGGGAAAGCUAGCCCCACUAGCCCAGUCAGAGGGAGGGAAAGAGAUAAAAACCUUACCCGUUUAUGUCAGCUUUGUACAAGUGGGGAAGCAAUACGAAAAGGAGAUACAACAAGGAAGCGUGAAAAAGAUCAUAAGUCAGGAAUGUAAGACGGUGCAAGAGACCAGGGGGACGUUUUAUACAACUAGACAGCCCAAGCCACCGCCUUCUCCCCAAGGCAGCCCAGAAGAUGACACUCUAGAACAAGUGUCCUUUCUAGACAGCUCGGGGAAGAGCCCUUUGACCCCAGAAACACCCAGUUCAGAGGAAGUGAGUUACGAGUUCACGUCUAAGACCCCAGACUCGCUUAUAGCUUACAUACCAGGCAAACCCAGCCCCAUCCCCGAGGUCUCUGAAGAAUCGGAGGAGGAGGAACAGGCCAAAUCCAUGUCCCUGAAGCAGGUGACAGGGGAACGCGCCCCAGUGGAGCGGGCCAUGGCUAGUGACGGGAGCAGUGACUGUCUCCAAAGACCCAAAAGCAACAGGGUUGCCUACAUUGAGUUUCCCCCUCCUCCCCCGCUGGAUGCCGACCAGACGGAGUCAGAUAAGAAGCACCAUUAUGUCCCUGACAGGGAGGUUGGCAUGAUCGAGGUCAGUCUGCAGGAUGAGUCUGACAAGUACCAGCUGGCCGAACCCGUCAUCAGGGUGCAGCCCCCGUCGCCAGUUCCUCCAGGGGCAGAUGCCAGUGAAUCCAGCGACGACGAAUCUAUGUACCACCCCAUCCCUGUUAAAAAAUACACCUUCAAGCUAAAGGAAGUCGAGGAGGAACAGAAAGAUGUGGCAAAACCCAGAACUUCUGCUGCAAAGGAGAGUAACGGAUCUGGAAAAGAGAAUGAUUUGGGCCUUGGCCUUGACUCGCCACAGAAUGAAACGGCUCAGAAUGGGAACAAUGACCAAUCCAUCACUGAGUGCUCCAUCGCCACCACCGCGGAGUUUUCUCAUGAUACUGACGCCACGGAGAUUGACUCUCUGGAUGGCUACGACCUCCAAGACGAAGACGAUGGCCUGACCGAGAGCGAUUCCAAACUCCCAAGUCAAACCGCGGAGCCCAAGAAAGAUGUCUGGAACACAGAGGGCAUUCUGAAAUCGGCCGAUCGCUCUUUCAGUCAGAGUAAACUGGAAGUCAUUGAGGAGGAGGGGAAGGUAGGGCCAGAUGAAGACAGGCCGGCUUCACAGAGCUCAUCUGAAAGGACUCCCGAGAAGGCAGAUCAGAAGUCAGGGGCUCAGUUCUUCACCCUGGAAGGCAGACACCCAGACAGAUCGGUGUUUCCCGAUACUUACUUCAGUUACAAAACAGAUGACGAAUUCGCCACACCUUUUAAAACAGUUGCCACCAAAGGUCUCGAUUUCGACCCUUGGUCUAACAACCGAGGGGACGAUGAUGUUUUUGAUGGUAAAUCGCGGGAAGAUGACACUAAGCCUUUUGGUCUGGCGGUGGACGACCGCUCCCCGGCAACCACCCCGGACACAACGCCAGCCAGAACGCCAACUGAUGAAAGUACCCCAACUAGUGAGCCUAACCCCUUCCCAUUUCACGAAGGGAAAAUGUUUGAGAUGACUCGCAGUGGUGCGAUUGACAUGAGCAAGAGGGAUUUUGUGGAAGAGAGGCUCCAAUUUUUUCAGAUUGGUGAGCAUACUUCUGAAGGGACGUCAGGGGACCAGGGGGAAGGGGAUAACAGUAUGGUCACUACCACCCCACAGCCACAGUCAGGGGACACCACUGUAGAAACUAACCUAGAGAGAGAUGUAGAGGUGCCUACAGCCGAACCUAACCCCAGCACCCCGCCUGGCGGAGAGUGUCAGGAAGGCACUGCCGGUAGUGGCUCUCUGGAGAAGUCCGCAGCAGCCUCCGCCAACACCUCCAAAAGUGACCCCAAGUCACGCACGCCUAUAAAAAUGGGAAUUUCCGCAUCCACCAUGACCGUGAAGAAAGAAGGCCCUGGAGAAGUGACAGAUAAGCCAGAGGCUGUGGUGACCAGUUGUCAGGGGCUAGAAAAUGAAACUACAGUGACCCCAAACACAGGCACUAGCCAGAUGGGCGCUAGGCCCCAAGAGAAGCAUGACUUUCAAAAGGAUAAUUUUAAUAACAACAAUAAUUUGGAUUCUUCCACUAUCCAGGCAGAUAACAUUCCAAGUAACGUAGUUCUGACAGAGCCUCCUGCACCCACUUGUACCACAGAGAAAGCUAAUCCAGUAAAAGUCUCCUCAGGAAAAAAGACAGGGGUACCACAAGGACACUGCACCAGAGAUAAGCAGAAAGCUCCUGGAGAGCAGCCCAGGACAAAGGAAUCCAUAGGGGUUAGGCGAAAAUCCAAGCUUCCUGUAAAGGCCACUUCACCAAAAGAUAUCUUCCCACAAAACCAUAUGCCAAACAAUAGAACGAGUAAAAUGAAGCAGGUUAGUCAAUGUGAGAAAAGCAAAACCCUUCCUACUUCUUCAUGCAUAGAUGCCAAGUCCCGAAUUCCAGUAAAACACACACACAGGGAAGACCCUGCUUCAGGUAGAAAAGUAUGUGCCACACAAAAGCAAGGGCCACCAGAGAAAGGCAGAAGCAAACAGCUUCCGUCCAAGUUGCCAGUCAAGGUAAGAUCCACCUAUGUCACCUCCUCCUCCUCCUCCACCACCACGAGCACAGCUAAAGUUAGGAAAAGUCAGUCUAAGGAAGUGUGUAAACAUUCCAUUGAAUAUUUUAAGGGAAUUAGUGGUGAGACCCUAAAGCUUGUGGACCGCCUCUCUGAAGAAGACAGAAAGAUGCAGUUGGAGCUGUCCGAUGAGGAAGAGAGUACCUCAAGAACCACGUCGUUGUCCGAGCCUUCCCGGGGUGGCCAACCUUCACUUACCACGAAGUCCGCUAGAGAUAAGAAAACAGAGUCCGCGCCUUUAAAAUCAAAGAGUGAACAGGCCGGCAGUGGGAGGAGGAGCAGUAGGAGGACUGGUCCCCAGAGUCCAUGUGAACGGACAGAUAUCAGGAUGGCAAUAGUAGCCGACCACCUGGGACUUAGUUGGACAGAACUGGCCAGGGAACUCAAUUUUUCAGUGGAUGAAAUCAAUCAGAUACGUGUGGAAAAUCCAAAUUCCUUAAUUUCCCAAAGCUUCAUGUUAUUAAAAAAAUGGGUUACCAGAGAUGGAAAAAAUGCUACAACUGAUGCCUUAACUUCGGUCUUGACAAAAAUUAAUCGAAUAGAUAUAGUGACUCUGCUAGAAGGACCAAUAUUUGAUUAUGGGAAUAUUUCAGGCACCAGAAGUUUUGCAGAUGAAAACAAUGUUUUCCAUGACCCUGUUGAUGGUCACCCUUCCCUUCGAAUGGAGCUGGAAGCCCCCACGGGGUUGCACUACACACCACCCACCCCUUUCCAGCAAGAUGACUAUUUUAGCGAUAUCUCUAGCAUAGAGUCUCCCCUUAGAACCCCCAGUAGACUGAGUGACGGGCUAGUGCCUCCCCAGGGAAGCAUAGAGCCCCCAGCAGAUGGACCUCCCAUGGUAACUGCCGAAGACACUGCCCUAGAAGACAGCAGACUGGAAGACUCAGUGCCUUUAACAGACAUGCCCGAAGCAAUGGAUGUAGAUGAGAGCCAGUUGGAGGAUGUGUGUCUGAGUUGGCAGAAUGAGGCAUCAAGUGGAAAUGUGGAGUCCCCCACUCCAGCUCGGAGAAUAGCGGGUGGACUACUUGAUCACCUGGAUGAGAGCCCUGACCAGUGUAGAGAAUCUAUUACCUCAUAUCUCAAAGGAGAACCCGGGAAAUUUGAAGCCAACGGAAGCCAUACAGAAAUCACUCCAGAGGCGAAGACCAAGUCCUACUUUCCGGAAUCCAUAAAUGAUGUCGGAAAACAAAGUGCUAAGGAAACCCUGAAACCAAGAAUGCACGCAUCUGGCCGUGCAGAGGAACCAGCAUCACCCCUCGCAGCCUAUCAGAAGUCUCUGGAAGAAGCCAGCAAGUAUGGCAUGGAAGACCCUAAGCCCUGUGUGCCUGUCAGUAUGAGAAAAACGAGCAGGACCGCGACUGCUGAAGGCAAGCCCAGGCUCAACCUGCACGAAGACGAGGGGCCUGGCGGGCCUGAGCCAAAGCAGGGAGAAGGCUACAAGACGAAGACGAAGAAAGAAAUCCGGCAUGUGGAAAAGAAGAACCACUCCCAACAGUGACGGUCAGUCAAGGAUCACACAUUUUUUACUGCCAGUAUUGAGAACUUGGUGGAAGGCGCAUCAGCAAGAAGCAAAAGACGCACCGAGCGGGCAUAUUAGCUGCUUCCACACAUUAAUGGCAUGAUUUUUUUUUAUGCAAAAGACAAAAUGGAAAAAGAAAACCACUCACAUUUUAAUUUAGCAUGAGCCAAUUUACAGAGCAUGGAAAUCCACUCUCAUUUCCGGGACUGGCGCGUGUGCAAUUAGCAAUGCAGUGUAUAUACAAGAAGCCAUGCUGUUAACAGUUGAUCUCCAGUAAUUUGGUGUCAUUUACCAGAGGAAGACAUUCCUGCCGCCAGAAGGGACGGAAGACGACGGAAUGAUCAAACCACCAAGAAACACUAAAAUUACUAAAUCCACACAACAGCUCGCCUUAUUUUUCUUGGACCCAAACUGUCAGGGUAUAAACACUCUUUGUUUCUUUUUUAAAACAUCGAUAGUUUUGCUGUAAAUAACACUGUAUAAAUUCUAACAGAAAAAAAAAAAAAAUAGAGUAAAUGUUGAUGAAGCCCUGCCUCUUAGAACCCAAACAAUACUGCAACUGCAUCUACCGGAAUAGGGGUCUCAAGUGACUCCACCUAGAAGAGGAGGAAUGGGCUCUGGGCGGGAGGGGGGUACUCUUCACGGAUUCUUGUAUAUUAGCAAUUAUAAUAAUGUUUGUACAUGCAAAACAGCUAGCUUGAUUUUAAAAACACCAAUCUUUAAAAUCUGCUGCAAAUUUAAAUAAUUCCCAAAAUGAGGAAUUCUGUAGUUCUGUGAAAAAAAAAAAAGUUUUUUUCCUUCAGAAUACUAAUAUUUUGAUGCAUGGGUAUCACCUUAUUUUGACUAAAUCUUUUCCAAUUUUGCAAACACGACAGUACACUGCGAAAAAGAUUUUAUCUGUCAACACAAAGCCCUUCAUCUAAUAUUUGUUGCUAUUGCCAAUUUUUCAAUGAAAUGACCUAAAAUGGAAAAAAAAAAAUUCUAUACAGUAGCUGCUUUAGGGGGUGGGGGCGCUGUUAGUGCUUAAAACGGGGGAUGCUUGCCACUGUAGAGGUGGACGGCCCUGGUCGUGGGUAUUUAAAAUGACUGAACGAAAUCCUUAGCUCAGUAGAAUGGCGACGCGCUGUAAAAAUAUCGUUAUCGUGUACUGGCUGUGAGACAUAGACACCUGUCAGUACGCCAAUCAUUUGUAACCCUUCUAGCUAGCAGUGUCAUCUUAGGUUAAUAAGGCUGCUGUGUUUUAAAGGGCAUUUUGAUUUGGGUUUUGGUGAGAUUCAUUAAUUUUUGUUAUUCACAUAAAAUCGACACUCAUUGACACCUACAUCUAAUGACAUAUGUAUGGAAAAAAAGAGACACUGGAUGACCUAGUCAAUUAUUUAAACAUAAAAUAAAUUGUGUUAAAAUCUUCACCUA